CACUGCAGCUGCAGUGGCGGCGGCCGUUGCAGGAGCGCGCGGCCAUAAGUGCUGAGCAGAGCUGUCUCCAACCCGGUUUCUCCCUCCUUCCGCACCUCCUGCCAUCUCGGUCCCCGAUGCUCAGAGUGCCGCCUCUCUGAGCCUAGCUGAGCCUCAGCUUCGCAUGACCCUCAGCUAGCCAGCGUGCCUGGGAGAGGUGGGAGGAGCUGCCACGCCCCGCGACCGCACCCAGCCAUCUCCCGGCCAGGAGCCUGCAGCCUUGAGCCCACCUUGCUCCCCUUUUCAAAGCAGUGACGCAAGCCACAGCUGCAGCCAGUCCACCCCUGCCCGGACCAAAGGGGGCGACAUUCGAGUGAUAGGCGGAGUGUCCCGUGGCUCCCGGCACUGACUUGGGACCCCUUGGGACCCGGAAGGGAUGAGACGGAACUCUGGUGUCUUUUGGUAAUUUUGGUUGCUUGAAGCUUGUCGCCCCCUGGCCUACCAGGGGAGGAGAGCAUGUUGUAUUAUUGUCCUAGGCCCUGUAGCAGCAUGAGCCAGUCCAAGCAGUGUCUGUAGAACUGGCACCCUUAAUAGUUGGACUAAAUGGCUAUGACACUAUUGGAAGACUGGUGCAGGGGAAUGGAUGUGAACUCUCAGAGAGCUCUGUUGGUCUGGGGGAUCCCUGUGAACUGUGAUGAGACCGAAAUCGAAGAGACCCUCCAAGCUGCGAUGCCCCAGGUAUCCUAUCGAGUACUGGGGAGAAUGUUCUGGAGGGAAGAAAAUGCGAAAGCAGCUUUGUUAGAGCUCACUGGGGCAGUGGAUUACUCCCUGAUCCCCAGGGAGAUGCCAGGCAAAGGGGGGCUCUGGAAAGUGCUCUUUAAGCCUCCCACUUCCGACGCGGAGUUUUUGGGAAGGCUGAACCUCUUUCUAGCUAGGGAAGGGUGGACCGUGCAAGACGUUGCUCGUGUGCUUGGGUUUCAGAACCCUGCUCCAGCUCCAGGCCCGGAAAUGCCAGCAGAGAUACUCAACUAUAUUUUGGAUAAUGUUAUUCAACCUCUUGUUGAGUCCAUAUGGUAUAAAAAGCUGGCGUUGUUCUCUGGGAGGGACAUUCCCGGGCCUGGCGAGGAGAACUUUGAUUCCUGGCUGGAGCACUCAAAUGAAGUCAUAGAGGAAUGGCAGGUGUCUGACAUAGAAAAGAGACGGCGGUUGAUGGAGAGUUUGAGAGGCCCCGCUGCUGAUGUCAUCCGCAUCCUCAAGACCAACAACCCUGCCAUAACCACCGCAGAAUGCCUGAAGGCUCUCGAGCAGGUGUUCGGCAGUGUGGAGAGCUCUAGAGAUGCACAGGUCAGAUUUCUGAACACUUACCAGAACCCAGGAGAAAAGUUAUCUUCUUACGUUAUCCGUCUGGAGCCUCUGCUGCAAAAGGUAGUGGACAAGGGGGCCAUUGAUAAAGAUAACGUGAACCAGGCCCGCCUGGAGCAGGUCAUCGCUGGGGCCAACCACAGCGGGGCCCUCCGAAGGCAGUUGUGGCUGGCCGGGGCUGCUGAAGGGCCCGCACCCAACCUCUUCCAGUUACUGGUGCAGAUUCGAGAGGAGGAAGCCAAAGAGGAGGAGGAGGAGGCCGAGGCCGCCCUCUUGCAGCUAGGCCUGGAGGGGCACUUAUGAGUCCCAGGACUGGCCAGGCUGCUUUUGAUAUCCAUGUGAAGUUUUAGUAAGUCUGCCACUAAAAGUAAACACCCAGCCUCCUCCUGGUUUUGUUUUGUUUUCUGAGGGAUGGGAGAGGAAAGUCAGGCCCGCAUAUUCCUGUGACAUUCACAGAAUUGUGUAAUUGGCAGGGGCUACAGCAGUAAAGGUGGUUCAUUCUGCUUAAUGCCAGCCCUCCUGGUGACGGCUUUGACAGCUGUGAAAAACGUGACACUUCCUGUCAAGAUGGUUGUGAAGUUCUGAUGCUAAGUACACGCACACCUGUGGCGGUCCAGCGCCAACUCAUAUGUCGGUAACACUGUGGCUAGCUUUUUACUGUACACCGUUGCUCAUUUGUAUAGAUGGAAAGAUGAUAUUACUCAUCUUGAAAAUGCAGAUUUCAAAUUCCACAUGGCUCAACGCUUCCCUGAAAAGUUUCCCUGAAAAGUAUCCUCGGACUAAAAGUGGUGUGUUAGAAAAACGCACGUUUAUGGAGGUGCACAACCAAGUCCUCACGGUGCAAGAUACAGACAUAAGUCCCAGGGGGAGUGGCCGUGGACAAGCUACACUUCCCCCACUUCAAAGAUUUGUCAUUUAAUUAUUGGUCAUGUUGAUGCUAAGGGUUCUAAGUUUGAAGUUAUUGAAUAGAUGUAUACAAAUAAAAAUUUGAAAAUUCUCU